AUGUCUUCUUCAACAUCGAAUAAUAACACUACAAAUUUAGAAAAAAAGGAUCCAAUUGAAGACAAAUCGAAAGAACAGAAAAAAUUUGAUAAAUGGAGAAAAAGUCUAAUGUAUUUUACAGGUUUAGGUUUAUCAAUAGAAGAAAAGAAAAACUUUGAAACUCAAUUAGAAAAAGAUUUUCAAGAAUUUCAAUGUAAACGUUGUGAAAGAUGGAGAGAUAAAUUAAUGAAUAAUAGUCCAAUAGUAACAUUCAUGUUAAAGUCUUUAGAAGAAGCGGGUUGUAAAAUUGAUAAGAAUCAUAUACAAUGUAAGCCAUGUGAUGAAACUCGUAGUGGUGGAUUUUCUCCGGAACAUGGAAUACUUUUAUGUCAAAAUAGAUUUUUUAGUAAAAAACACCAAGAAGAUACUAUGGUACAUGAAAUGUUACAUUUUUUUGAUCAUUGUAGAUUUAAUGUUGAUUGGAAUAAUUGUUUACAUCAUGCUUGUAGUGAAAUCAGAGCUGCUAGUCUUAGUGGUGAUUGUAGGUGGACUCGUGAACUUCGUCGUGGAUUUUUUAGUUUCACAAAGCAACAUCAGGCUUGUGCAAAAAGACGCGCAAUACUUUCUGUACAACAAAAUGAUGCAUGUUCUGCUCCUGGAGUAGCCGAACGUGCGGUUACUGAAGUAUUUGAAAGUUGUUUCAAUGAUACAAGACCCUUUGAUGAAAUUUAUUAA